UUUUCAUUCCUAUCAAAAUUUAGAUUUUUGCCAUUGUUCAUUAAUGUAUAAAUUAAAACCCAUUUUACUUUGGUCAACCGUAUUGUUCAGUACCUUUUUAAUUGCAAACCAUUAGCGUUUUAUAAGUCUGCAGUAUCCACUUUACAGUGUAUUUAGUAUUUUUAUUUUAUUUUAUUGUGAUCAAUUGACUGGGGGUAGUCUUCAUUACUACAAUACUACUACUUUGUAUACCGUGAAACAUAUUUAUGGUUCAACAUGCCUACGUCUGUAGAUUUUAACGGCAUUGUUGUCGAAGAAAAACUAACCGCCCCUUUGAGUUUUCCAUUUCCAUUUGAACCGUAUCAAAUUCAACAUGAUUUCAUGACCAAUCUUUAUACAGCGAUUGAAAAUAAGAAGCUGGGAAUUUUCGAAAGUCCCACCGGUACCGGUAAAACAUUGAGUAUUAUAUGUGGUGCAGUGCGGUGGCUGUACGACAACGAAGAAAGAGAAUUGAGGCAGCUGAAAAUGACAUUGGAUUCACUGGCGGUGAAAAACGGAAGCAAAAACGCUGGCGAUAAGGACGAUGAUGAUGACGACGACGACGACGAUUGGAUAACCGGUCAAGCUAGGUUGGUGAAGAAACAACAACAAGUGUACGAAAUCAGUACAAUGCUCAAAGCGUUAGAAGAAUUUAAUUAUAACAUUGAGCAAAUUAAAGUGGAACAGCGACAAAAGAAAGACAAGUCCAGACUUCUGGCACACAGAAGCAUUUUAAAUCAAAAAAAUGGUAUCGAAAUUGAAAACGAAGAAAACGGUAAAUUCGUGUUGGACGAAGAAUCAGAAUUUUUACUCGAAGAAUACGAUCAGUGUACUUCCAAGGACAGUGUUGACGAAACGACAGAUGAAAAAGUCGAGUAUGAAGGAGUCAAGAUUUAUUUUUGUAGUCGAACUCAUUCACAAUUGACACAGUUUGUGGCCGAAAUGAAAAAAAGCCCGUAUUCGGCUACACGUAUUGUGUCGUUGGCGUCGCGCCAAAACUAUUGUAUAAACAAAACCGUUAAGAACCUGAAAAAUAUAACACUAAUGAAUGAAAGAUGCUUGGAAAUGGGCAAGUCAAAACCGAGUCAGAAGUCGACCAAAGUGUCGACGAACGGUGAGGUGUUGAAAAAGAAAAAAUCCGAGCCUGUUUGCAAGUGUCCAUACAACGACAAAGAAAAAAUAAAAUAUUUGGCCGAAGAAGUGACCGUAGAUGCCCGGGACGUGGAGGAGCUGGUGAAAAGAGGAGAAGAAUUGCAAACGUGCCCAUACUAUGCGAGUAGGGAAUCGGUUAAAUUUUCGCAGGUUAUAGUUUUGCCGUACAACACUUUGUUGCACAAAAGCACUCGGGAAGCGAGCGGUAUAAAACUAGACGGUAACAUAUUCAUUAUCGACGAAGCUCACAAUUUAUUGGAUACCAUCGGGCACAUUCACAGCUCCCAAAUUAAUGGUCAACAACUAACACACAGUUACAGUCAGUUGAUACAGUACAGAGAUAAAUUUAAAUUGAGAUUCAGCGCUUCUAACUUGCUCAAUCUAAACCAGUUAAUAUAUGUCAUUGAAAAACUCAUUGUUAUGCUCGGCGGAACUCCUGGCGUUAGUCACGUCGAAGCCAGUCGUAAAGGUGUAGAUUCCAAAGUGUAUACGCUCGAAGAUUUUGUACAUCAAGCCGAAAUCGACCAUUUAAAUAUGUUCAUUCUUGUGGAUUUUUUCAAAAGAAGUAAAAUUGGUCAAAAAAUUCGAGGUUAUACCGAAAAAUAUAUGCCUUCGGUUGUGUUACAAAACAACAAGCCCAAAUUGAGUAGUUUACAAGCGUUUCUAAAAGACAUUGAGUCGAAAAAAACCAAAAAAGGCAAACCGAAAGAUGAUGAAAACAAACUGGCAGAUUCGGCGACGCCGCCACCCGAACAAACAAGUAACAACCCUCUAGCACCGGUGAUGGCGUUUAUCGAAUCUUUAACUAACCACUGUGAGGACGGACGCAUCGUGUGUUCGAGACAAGCGUUUGUCGGUAAAGGGACAUUGAAAUUUUUGCUUUUGAAUCCCGCCGUCCAUUUCAAAGAAAUUGUCGAUAAAGCGCGAUCGGUCAUUGUUUCUGGCGGCACAAUGGAACCCAUAUCCGAAUUUAAAGAUCAGCUUUUCAACACCGAUGGUAACGAAUCCAAUAGAAUAAUGCACUUCAGUUGCGGUCAUGUAGUGCCGUCCGAUAAUAUUUUACCAUUGGUCGUGUGCGCCGGGCCGACGGGAAAACAGUUGGACUUUUCUUACCAAGAAAGGUCAACAACUAAAAUGUUGAAUGAAAUUGGUUCGAUACUUGAAAACGUCUGCCGAACAGUACCGGCCGGUAUCGUUUGUUUUUUCCCAUCGUACGAUUAUGAACAAUUUGUUUAUCAACAUUUAGAAAAAAACAAAGUCAUAAGUAGGCUUUCGGAUAGAAAAAAAGUGUUUAGAGAACCAAAAACCACUAAUCAAGUGGACGAAGUGUUGAAGAACUAUUCACAGACCAUAACAAAAGCGUUGGUGGCUGAUUCAAAAUUAACGGGAGCGCUAAUGUUCAGUGUCAUAGGAGGUAAAUUGAGCGAAGGCCUCAAUUUUAGUGACGAUUUAGGCAGAUGCGUCAUUGUUAUUGGACUACCGUAUCCAAACAUCAAGUCGGCGGAACUACAAGAAAAAAUGAACUACCUUAAUACUCAUAUGGGUAAAGGGACGGGUCAAGAGCAUUACGAGAAUUUGUGCAUGAAAGCCGUGAAUCAGUCGAUUGGCCGGUCUGUGCGCCAUCAAAACGACUACGCGGCCGUCUUGCUCCUAGACCAUCGUUACCAGAGGGACAACGUUAAGAACGCACUGCCCAAGUGGCUGCAACCGUCGUUACAAAUACACAGCACGUUCGGAGCGUCUUUCUGCCAGUUGAACAAGUUUUUCACGUCCAAGAAGAAACUACUAAGAGAGGCGACGUCUUGAAAUAUUUUCUUUCUUCUAGUAUAAAUGUAUUAUGUUGUAUAAUAGUUUUCAAUUUGAAGAAAUUUAACAUAUUAUUACGCUUUUAUUUAAUCUAUUUUAGU